AUGAGCAAUCAGAGGUCGGGGGCGUUGAAGGUCAUGACGGGAGACAACGCGUCCAUGCAGAGCAUGGACAAGAGUCCGCUGGCGAGGCAGGAGCAGCAGGCGACCCAAGCGGCUGGCCGGCCCCCCAAGAAGCCGAUGGACUCUGUGGACCCGGAGCUGCGGAGGCAGGUCGAUGAGAGGCUCCAGAAGCGCUUCGACGCCAAGAAGAAGCGGCUGAUGCAGUAUGAGGCCUCGCAGCACUCUGCAUCCCUUCGUCCGCGCGACCCCGAGGUCGUCGAGGUCGACGGACGCGAGUUCACGCAGGCGGCGUUCACGCUCACGCGGCCGAUCAACCCGUCCGCGACGAACCGCGACUGGCGCGACGACCCCACGCACGUCGGCGAGGACCCCGUGACCUUCAACAACACCGUGCGGCAGCGCGCCGUGAAACACAUCCGCUCCUCGCAGUCCGCCUUCGCGGAGCGCCUCGCGUCCGAGUUCGAGGAGCGCGUCGGCCGCGAGCGCGAGAUCCUCCUCCGGCGCCUCUGGGGCGACCGCCCCGGCCCCGCGGCCACCUCCACCUUUGCGCAGAACCUCGACCGGCGCGUGUCGCAGCUCGCGCGGCAGUCCGUGCGGCGCCAGAUGGCGCUGGAGCUCGAGUUCCUCUCCGUGCGGUCCCUGGACACGCGGCAGUCGAUCAACCGCGAGGCCGCCCAGUACCGCAGGGAGCUCAAGGAGCAAAAGCAGGAGCUGGAGGAGCAGGAGCUGCUCGCGAUGCUGCGGGAGCUCGAGGCCGCGGAACCGGACCCGUACGAGACGCUGCCGUUCCAGAGGGAGGCCGAGGCGGCGCACGCGGCGGCCGAGUCGCCGACGAAAGCGGGUACGGAGAUGGCGCGAUCUCCGUCACAGGUCGAGAUGGAGCGCCGUCUGCUGCGGAUGGUACAGCAGGAGCACGACUCCACGGACCGCUCCGGCCGCCUGAUGAAGACCGUCGUCGACGCCGCCAAGGUCGAGUCGCAGCGGCAGGCGCUCUCCGACGACGAGAAGAGCGACGAGCUGGACGAGGACGACGCUGCGGAGGCCGCCGAGGGAGCCGACCGCGCGCAGGCGAUGCGUGCGCGCCCACCCAGCUUCGAUCAUCUCGGGAGUUACUCUGAGCGCAAGGAGAGCGAGCGGUCGCGCGCGGUCAACAUGGUGGGAUCGUGGCUGCGGACGCGGCUGACGGGCGAGGGCGAGCACUUCGCGAAGAUGCCCAAGAUCCGUCUGCCGGAUAUCGGCGAGAUCGAUCAGCGCGCCGCGGAGCGCUACCUGAGGGAGUGCCAGCGGGAGGGCGCGGUGCCGGUCGCGACGUGCAUGCAGGAGCUGUCUCGGAACCCGUCGCAGCUGCACGUCGCGGGCGUCCUGAUCAACGAGGGCAACGCGAAGGCGCUCUCCGCCGUCCUCCCCGAGCUCGAACGCCUCACCUCGGUGCGGAUGAGCUCGUGCGAUCUCUUCGACGACAGUGCAGUGUACCUCCUGCGCGCCCUGACCACGUGCCCCGUCGGCUCGCUGGACCUCUCGGACAACCGCCUGUCGCAUCUGACGUGCCAGUGGAUCGCCCGUGCGAUCGCGGACGGGAUCGGGCCGAUCCCGGCCUCGACGCGGCCAGGGACGGCCCCCGCGCAGACUCCGCGCCACGGCCACGGGGGGCGCCUCGCGAUGUCCGCGGCGAACGUGCGCGGAUGGACGACCUUCGACGCGCCCGCGGACGUCGCGCCAGGCACGCCGUCGCAGUUCCUGCCCCCCGCAACGCCGCGCUCCGCUGCGCCUCCCGAGGGCAGCAUGCACGGGUUCGCCACCAUGCGGCCGGGCACGGCGCCGGUGCGGCGGUGGGGGCAGCCCACGCUUGGCAAGAGCGGCCGCGGGUACAAUCCGUGGGCGGAGAUGCGCGGCGCCGCGGUGCAGGCGGCCCACGAGUCGGUGGCGGUGAUGGCGACGGGAACGAUGACGUCGUCGAACUUCGCGACGUGGGCGUCGGCGCGCGGCGCGAUGCUGUCGCGUCCGACGAGCUCCCGGCACACGAGCGUCGCGAAGCGCAUCGCCGAGCAGGCGGGCGUGCGUCCCCAGACGGCGCGGCCAGCGCAUCCCGUGCAAGGGCUGGACGCGGGGGAGGACAGCGUGGUCCUCGAGGGCGACGCGGCGCAGCGGCGGCGCGUGAUGAGCCGCACGCUCAUGCGGCUCGACUUGAGCAACAACCCCCUGAUCCGCGACGCCGGCGCCGUGGCGCUCCUCAACGCCAUGACCGCGGCCGUGCAGCCCGCGGCACGGUCGAAGAGGCACCGCGGGCAGCCGAUGGUCGAGCUGGCGAUGUCCGGGUGCGGCCUCGGCGACGCGACGUCGCACGCCGCGGCCGAGCUGCUCGCCAAGAGCCGCACGCUGCUGGCGCUGGACAUCUCCCGCAACCACCUCCGCGGGCCUUCCGGGGCAGCGCUGGGCGAGGCGCUGCGCGAGAACCGCGCCCUGCGCGUGCUCGACCUGUCCUCGAACGGCCUCGGCGACGCGGCGGUGGCGGCGGUCGUGCAGUCGCUGCGCGUGCAGUGGCAGGAGUACGCGGUCGAGGGCGUCGGGACGUUCCCGCUGCGGCGGCUCGGGCUCGUGGACACGUGCAUGGGCCCAGAGGCGACGAUGCAGCUCGCGGCGCUCCUGCGGAGCAUGGCGCGGGCGCUGGAGCCCCUGACGCAGGGGAGGACUCCGGAGUUCAUGAAGGCCGACCCUGACGUGUCGCUCGAGGUGGACAUCUCGCACAACAAGGUCGGCGGGGUCGCGGCGGCGUGCCUCGCGCGGCAGAUCGAGCAGGUGGAGGCCCUGCGGCGCACGCCGUGCGGCCAGGACCCGAUGGGGGGGGAGGCCGAGGCGGAGGCGUCCGAGCGGCCCGUGGAGGCGCAGAAGUCGACUGCGAGCGCGGCGGCGGAGAAGUCUGGGCCGGUGAAGGGGAGCGCUGGGACGAUGGCGCACGAGAUGGGCCUGCAGGACGACCGCGAGCUGCUGCACGGGCUGCAGAGCGCGACGCGGUGGGGGCCGGGCGCGGACGACGGGGACUGGGUUGUGCGGAUCGUGCGGCACGGCCUGAACGUGGCGUGCUUGCGGCCGCAGGCGCUGCUCCCGGGGCAGGUGCCGAAGGGGCACGAGCAGGCGGUGGCGGCCCUGGACGGCGUGUACGUGCUGCCGCCUCUGCCGCAGCCGCCCGGCGCGGCGGCCGGCAAGGGGAAGAAGGGCGGGAAGAAGAAGGCGAGCUCCAAGGGGAAGAAGGGCAAGAAGGGCCCGACGGGCCCGGCGCCGGUCGACUUGGGCGAGACAUGGGAGUUUGACAUGUCCAAGAUCGGCGACCGGAUGCCAAUUUUGGAGCUGCUCCUGGAGCACGAGGAGGCCGCGGACUUCAAGGGCAUCCUGCACUGCGUGCACACGCACGCGCAGCCACCCGUCAUCUACCGCUGGCUCGGCACGGACGUUCCCGCGGGCAAGCGCAAGGCCUUCAACUGGCGCGCGAUGGACUGGCCCGACCGCAUGCCCACGCGCGGCACGCUCCGGCUGACCAUGCUGCUGACGGACGGCGGCGCGUCGACCGUGCGCCGCGUCCUCGCGCCGGGCGGCCAGGGCGCCUUCGUGGACAUGGCAUCGCGCCCUCCCGUGGUCGUUGGGCUCGACCGGUCGCUGCCCGGGCCGCUGUCGCCGUCGCGGCCGCGGUCGUCGCGGCCGCUGUACACCACGAUGGACGUCCGGAGCGUCGUCGCGGAGAUGGGCGAGCUCAAGGCGCAGCGGGCGCGGGAGCAGGCGGCAAUCGUUGCGACUGCGAUGGGGGCGGUCGGCGGGGCGGAGAGCGACGAGUCGGACGACGGGGAGGUCGAGGAGGAGCCGGCGCUGCCGCAGAAGACGGCGUCGAAGCCGAGGGGGCUGCUGUCGGCGUUGCGAAGAGAGAUGCACGCCCAGGCAUAG